AUCUCUCUCGUAUCAUCAAACGCUACUACCCACGAGCACAGACUUGCAGUGCAGCUAUCAUCAAUAUGGGAUCUAUACCGCAAGAGAUUGUUUACGACUUCAUCGUAUGCGGCGGGGGUACCUCCGGCUGCGUCGUUGCAAGCCGGCUUGCUGAGGUUCCCGGCGUUAAUGUUCUAGUCAUUGAGGCCGGUGAACACAAUGAGAAUCUUGAAAACGUUCACAUGACAGGAGGGUGGUCGCAACUAUUCGACAAGGAAACCGACUGGAACGUCAUCAGCGAGAAGAAGCCAUCGGUCAAUAAUCGACAGGUCAAACUGAGCCGUGGAAAGUUCCUUGGCGGCUGCUCUGGCUGCAACGGUACCCUGUGCAUUCGCGGUGCUAAGCAAGACUACGACGACUGGGGAGUUGAGGGCUGGACGGGUGAUGAAGUUUUCAAAUACAUUCGAAAGGCAGAGAACUUUCACGGAAAAUCUUGGUUCAAAGCCUCCAACGACCAUGGUACCAACGGCCACCUCAACAUCGAACCACACGACCUCGCUCCUAUUUCGAACCUCAUCAUGGACUCGAUGAUAUCAAAAGGACUGCCGCUGGACCAUGACAUGUUCUCCCACGGAAACAAUCCUCAUGGAUGUGGACAUGCGCCCAGAACAGUCCACAAGGGCUUGAGGACCACUGCCGCAGACUUCGUCACAAAGGAAAACAAGAGGGACAAUCUUCACCUUCUCGUUGAGACCCAUGUCGAAAAGAUUCUCAUUGAGAAGGUGGACGGUGAGCUAAGAGCAACAGGUGUUAAGGUCGUCAAGGCCGACGGCUCCGUUGCCGAGAUCAAGGCCCGCAAGGAAGUCAUUGUCAGUGGUGGCGCGUACUGCAGCCCCAACAUCCUCAACCGGUCUGGUAUUGGGGCCCAGGCCGAGCUCGACAGUUUUGGCAUUCCGGUACUGGUCGACUUGCCCGGUGUCGGCAAGAACCUCAUGGACCAUCUUAUUGUCUUCAUGUUCUACGAAACCGAAAAGGCUGGCCUGACCAAUGACCACCAUGUCUACCACGGCGACAAUUUCGCAAAAACAUACGCCCUCUGGAAGGACCAACAAGCAGGCUUCCUGUCCACAUUCCCCUUUGGAGCAUUUGCCUACGCCCGUCUGGACGAGCGCCUCGCCGACUCAGACCUCUGGAAGAAUGCCUCCAGGCAACCUGGCCGCGACCCAAUGGGCCUCACACCCAAGCAGCCAAACAUUGAGUUCUUCACCACUGAGUGCUACGGCGGUCCGAAGCAGUACGAUCAGUUCCCGACCGACGGCAAGUACGCCUUCAGCAUGAUUGCGGAGCUCUUCGGACCCCGUUCUCGCGGUACGGUUGGGCUUCGCGACACCGAUGCCAAGUCUGUCCCCGUCGUGGACACGAAUUACCUCUCUGAUCCCUUGGAUGUAGAGGUUCUGGCUGAGGCGUGCCGCUUCGGUAAUGAGAUCAUCAUGGAAGGUACAGGAACCAAGGACAUUGUCAAAGGGUCUUGGCCUAGCGAUUUGACGCACCACAAACACACCACUCGCGAGGACUGGAUACCCUAUGUCCGGGACAAUGCAACGACCUGUUACCAUGCUGCGGGAACCUGUGCCAUGGGUAACUCGUCUGAUCCCAAGGCGGUUGUCGAUCCAACACUCACAGUCAAGGGCGUCAAGGGCCUUCGAGUUGCUGACUGCAGCAUUAUGCCCAUCCUCCACGGCGGUCAUACCCAGAUGCCUGCUUAUGGAAUUGGAGAAAAGGCGGCUGACCUUAUCAAGGCGGCAUGGAAGCUUUGAGUUAUCACUAUCCUAGGCAUAAGAAAGUAGCAAGCAACGUGUAGAGUUCCUGUAAUUGAAGAAUGUAUCAAAGAGCGUCAUUCGUACCCGC